AUGGCCCGGGUUGAACAGCAAUGUGCUACUGAGGGAUCUACAAGUUCUACCUAUUUGCAGCUUUCUUAUUUUACGAUUUAUCUCACACAAGGAAUAGAGAUCUUAGAAUAUUACACAAAGGUCAGUUACUAUUUGUUAACCAUGGAUAGCCAUUGGAAGUCGUACAUUUUCAAAUCAUGUUUUCCAAAGCUUGGCACGUAAACAUGACAUAACCUAUGUCAGUUAGAGGUGAAAACAUUUUUAAUUUAAACUUGGAUAGGUGCCCUUCUAUCAUGUUCUUUUCGAAGCUGUCUUGGUGAUUUGGAUCGUUAGACUGAUAACCAGCAAGACCUUUAGAUUCAGGGAACAGAAGAUUGAACUCACUGAGAAGGUAAGAUCGGUAAAAUUGAAUGUAAUGGACGAUUUAGUAAAACUUAAAGAAUAAUAGGCCAUUUAAAGCUUUAUCUCUUAAGAGUGAUGGGGUUCUAAUUUCUCCUUGAAGCAUCGCUGCUGAAUCGAACACUGAGAUCAUGAGAAUAAGGAAAAUCAUUGUAAACUAAAGAAGGUUGAGAUAGUCGAACAAAUUCUCCUGGUCAGUACCACAGGAAAUGUAAAGACAACCGUUGUGGGGAAAAUAUGAAUAUGAAUGUGCAGGUGUGAAUUGUUAAAAGAUGAACUAGCAUUCAUGAAUUAACUCUCUGUUCCCUGGAAACAGCAAACUUUUUGUUUGAUUCUAAGAUGAGUUAUCUGCAGUGAAAGUUAACUAGAUUCAGAUGUCACUGUAAAUGUUACAACAGGUUUAAAAAGAAAAAAAAACUGUUACACUGGUUAGAGAACUUUGAAUUGAUGAGUCUGUGGUCUAAAAAAUCUCACAUUAUCUGUUUUCACUGUUACUAGGAAGAGGAGGAACUGAUUGAAGAGUGGCAGCCAGAACCAUUAGUACCAGCAACACCAACAUACGAAUUAGAUACACUCACUCCUAAAGUGGUACAGGGGUAUGCAUGAAAUACUUCUUUUUAUUUUUCUUUACAACAAAAAGAUACCUCUCCCAAAGUCUUUGUAAAUGAAUUAUUAUGACUCCAUUUUUCGUAAUUUUAUAGAUAAAUUAAUUAAUUUUUUUCUAACGGCUGUUAAACACCUUUAUGACACCAUGUGUUGAUUGAAAGGUCUCUUUGUUUUAAUUAAAUGAAUUUUCUUUUUUUUGUGUCUUUUUUGCGUCAGGAAACCAGGUCAUACUUUGAAUAUAGAUGACAAAGAGUGUCUAAACUUUGCAACAUUUAAUUUUCUUGGCUUUGUUGGAAAUGAAAAGAUAGAGGUAAUUCAGUGGUUCUCAUUUUCACUAGAUUGGCUCCUUAGAAUCAAAGAAGAACUGUUUACUCUUUGCUUAUGUUGAAAUUAUCUUCAACGCUUACAAUAUCUUUCAGGACACAGCCAUCAAAAGUUUACAUCAAUAUGGUGUAGGUUCCUGUGGUCCCCGUGGUUUUUAUGGGACAAUAGGUAAGAAGUCAAUUCUCCCAAUUAGCUUCUACAGAUUUCCUCUGAAAUCAGGUACAAGAAUUUGGUGUUAGAUCAAGAUAACUUCUGUCUGAUAAGUUUAAGUAUUCUCAUUUCUAGUUUGCUAGAUAGUGUGUGAAUGCUAUAAGGAGAAGUUAUAUAUGAAUCAAUAAUGGGAGUUUGUAAAAGGAUAAAAGCCAUGUUUCAUAUGUUGCAGAUGUACAUCUGGAGUUAGAGGAAAGACUAGCCAAAUUCAUGGGAACUGAAGAGGCUAUCCUAUAUGCCUAUGGAUUUUCUACAAUAGCAAGUGUGAUUCCUGCAUACUCCAAAAGAGGAGAUGUUAUUUUCUGGUGAGAUCACUGAUAACAUAUUAAUACUUUUGAAGUGAUUUUUUUUCAUAUUUUUUACAUGAAUUGUUAGUGUGGAUUUCUACAAUUUAAACAGAAACUUUGAUAAGCUAAAAUGUCAUAUUAGCUAGUGUUCAGAACUUUUUAACUAUAGUUAGGUGGUUUAUUGAUAUUAAAUUUUUUCAAAAUUUUCCAAGUUUUGUCAGUGGCUGAUUUUUCCAAGGUUUGAAAUAUGAUAAAGAUUAUCCUCAAAUGUUAAUGAUACUUAAUAAUUUCUUUCUUGAUAUGAAUCUUUAUAGUGACAAGGGAGUAUCUUUUGCAAUUCAAAAAGGACUGGUGGCUUCCAGAAGUCGUAUAAUGUGGUUUGAGCAUAACGACAUGGAAGAUCUUGAAAGGCUUUUACAUGAACAGAAGGAGAAAGAUGACAAAGUACAAUACAGUAAAAUAUUUUAUUCCUUUAUUUCCGUAUACAUUUUCUUAUCAGUCAAUUUUUUGUUGUUGUUUUUUUCAUUUUUGAUAUCUCCAAACCAGAGGAAUAUCAUGACCUCUUAUUUUUGCUAUUUACAUUUUUUACAGAAUCCUAAGAAAGCAAGUGUAACAAGAAGAUUUUUAGUAAUAGAGGGAAUUUCGGUCAAUUAUGGUGACAUUGCACCACUUCCAAAAAUAGUAAGUAACAUGGUUGUGAAUGAUUGCAAUACUUUGUCAAGUAUGUAAAGUAUAUAAAUUGUUUUAAUUAUUGCUUAAUUUGCUCCCUAAGUAGUAAAAAACCAGCUUUUCUUUUCAAUAUUAAGUUACUUAAUGAAAGAGCAAUUUCCCUUUGCUUUCUUAAGAUUGAAUUGAAAUAUAAGUACAAAGUUCGUCUCAUCAUUGAUGAAAGUGCAUCAUUUGGAGUUCUUGGGCAAGCUGGUCGAGGAUUGACAGAGCACUUUGAUGUCCCAGUAAGUUUGGUAUUUAGUAAAUCUCAUGUGUUGUACCAGUCCAAUACAUUAUCCUUGUAUCCAUAUCUUGUAUUACUGUCUUCAGCAGUUUCAUAGGCAGUGGGAUAUGAGGUAUAUCCAAAUCCUUGUAAUGAGCUAGGGAGCUACCCACUUGUAGCUUUUACACAGACAUCACUGUAUUCCUAACCUUAGUUGAAAGUACAGGAAAUUGCAACUGUAAAAGUUUAAACCUUCAAAAUUUCCAAGGGACUUCAGACCUCCCAAGGAAGAGGAAGUCCAGCAGGCCCUCAAAACUACCAAUUUGUCAUUCUUAACUAUCCACACCCAUUUGUAUCAAAUUUUAUAAAAGCUCCUAACUCUCUUAGAUAAAGCUUAAGUGAGAAGGACUGAAAGCAUUGACAAAAUUCCAGUAUUUUUAUAAAACGGCCUCUCUCUUCUAGAGUGAGGUAAAUGAACAAGCAAAGAAAUGUGGCAAUAGCUUGCCACCAACAAAAGUAAAAUUUGAAAUAAAAACUGAAACCUCUUUGCAUCAUAUUAUUUCCUUCUCCUCAGAUUAAAGAUGUCGACAUGAUAUCUGUUUCAAUGGAGAACUCAUUAGCAACUAUUGGAGGGUUCUGUUGUGGAACAUCAUUUGUAGUUGAUCAUCAGGUUUGUCAUGAUUUGUUACAUUUUACACACCCUAAAGUAGUGUCCGAAGAGGGAGUUAUGGUAGCCAAGCAAGGUGCUACACUGUUCAUUAUGGGUACAUCUGGCUUCUUAUGUGCUAGGCACUGGACUCCCAAGCACCUCUCUAAACCUUUGGUUUAGUGGUUCAAAUCAAAAUUAGCACAAGACUAAUCCAGGUUUCAUGACCAUGGCAAUGUAUAGUUUAUUUACCUAGUAAAUACAAGAUUUGUUAUCCAUUUCAAAUGCAAGCUCUUAUUUAGUAAUUAUCCAUAGUGUCUGUUAUACAAUUCCUAUAAUGUUAAUUUAUAGUAUUUGGAAUUGGAUCAAUCAAUAAUCCCCUAAUAGAUAUUUUUCUUUAUUCUCAUCACUUGUCUGCUUGAUAUCAAACUCAUAUUUUAAGGAGAAAUUCUAUCUAGGUCACUUAUGGGAGUUACAGGGUUAAUCAGGCUUCAAAAAAAUUAAACACAAUAUAAUACUGAUUCCAAUAAUAUAUUGCCUUCUGCCAAACUCUGAAUACAACCUGAUGAAAUACUGGGGAUGAUAUGCAGUGAACAAGCACCCUCUCUAAGGGAAGGGGUUCUUUCUCUGUAACCCUUUAACCCUUAGGAGUAACUGGGAUCUAAUUUCUCCAUACAGCAACACUUCUGAAUGAAACAAUAAGGUCAUGAGAAUAGGGAAAAUGAUCACCAACUGAAGAAGCUUUUGAUUUCCAAAUGAAUUAUCUUUGUUGGUACCAUAGGAAAUGUAUAAAGAGCAGUAUGGAGAAUAUACAUGUUGAUGUGAGGUUGUAUAGGGAUAAGAAGAAAGCAGGAUAAGUUCUGGCUGUAAGGGGAUUAACCUCUUGGUGAUUCUCCAUCCAAGGGUGUUGUCCUUGGAAACACAGGGAAUCUUUUGUCUUUAUCUUGUGAAACAUAUGUUUUUUUCAGACUGUAAUUCUUACUUUUUUCUAUUCUUGCAGAGACUGUCUGGUGCUGGUUACUGUUUUUCUGCAUCUCUUCCUCCUAUGUUGGCCUCAGCGGCAAUUGAAGGGUUAAAUAUCAUAGAAGAAAAACCAGGUUAGUAAUCAAAUGAAUGCUUGUCGUGGAAAGUGUAAUUUUUAAAAUAGUUGAUCAUACACAAACAAACCUAAUUAACUGCUUCUUAAUUUUGUCAUUUAGAAAUGUUUGAGGAACUCAAAGAGAAGGCAAAACUAUUGUAUGGAGAACUUGAAAGGUAUGUACACUCCACAUGUAAUUAUAAGGUUUUGACUAAACUAACAAGGUUAUUGAUUUAACCUGGUAACUCCGAUAGGUGAUUAACAUGUAACUUCUCCCUAUAAUAUUCAUACAUUAUUGAGCAAACAGGUGAGAAGAAUACUCAAACUUAUCAGGCAGAAGUUGUUAUCUAGAUCUAGCCCCAAAUUCUUGCAACUGAUGUACAACAAAAUGGGUUCCAACUAAAGGGGAGAAUUAACAAUCUAAUCUUAGGAGUUAAAGGGUAAAAAUUAAAGGAAAGAUAGGUGUCUUUGUGGCAGAAUUUCUGAGGGGGGAGCACUCCAUCAAAUUCUUGGCAGAGGUGUGCCACCUCAACAGUACCUACUCUUCUUUAAUUUUGAGGAAGUGUUUUAAAUACCAUUUUUCAUUUUAGCCUCAAAGGACUUCUUCGUGAAGGAUCGGAGGGAUCUCCAAUUCUACACCUGAGACUUCAGGAACCAUUUGAAACAUUUGAGGAAGAUGAAGAGAAAUUGAAACAAGUUGUUGAUUAUGUGAGUAGGUCUUGAAUAUGUUAUAUUGCUGUUUUACUUUUAAUGUAACUGUUUAACUUUGACUUUCGUCUUACUUCUUUGUUUCUGUUUAUGAAUUGUAGGCUCUGAAGAAUGGUGUAGCACUUACAGUAGCAAGAUAUCUUAAAAAUGAGGAAAAAUUUCUUCCACCUCCAAGGUAGGGCUCCUAAUAGUAAAGUAUUGCAGCAUUUGGCAUUUUUUUUUUUGCGAUAUUCUGUUAUUUGCUGAUUUUUUUUUGCAGCACUGCAGUAUUCAGAACCCCCCCAAUGUCCCUCUCAAUAACAGCAUGUGCUUGUCUUACUGUUUUGAGCAAAUAGAAGAUUUGUACUUACUAAAGACAAUACAACUUUUCAUCGUCUAAUUCUCUGCAUGGAAAUUGAUUUGCACUUGUGCUAAGAAAUCUUGAGCUUAUUGUUCAGACAUCCUUCCUCUUAAGGUCUAAAGUCAAUGAUUGUACCAAACGAUUCCUGAAUGUGCUUUAGUAUUGCUGAAAUUUUCAUCAAUUUAGGUGUUUAUCACUAUUUUCUUUUGCAGCAUCAGAGUGACACUGAAUAUUCAGCUGACAACUGAAGAAAUCAAACAUGGAGGCAAAGUUAUAAGAGAAGCUGCAGAGAGUGUAUUUGGCCAGUGAUCUAGCAAGUGCUGAAAAAAAGUGUCAUAUCAGUAGCCAGGCUGUACAAAUUGAUUUCUUCUGGAACUAUCAACCAAUGUGUAUUUUUUUGUUACAGUGUAGACAGACAGAAAUCAUAGAGGCAGGUUAAAAAAUUUAAGGAUUAUUAAGGAUUCUUAAAAGACAUAGUUGGUGAUGACUUUAUGAUGUCAAAGAAUAUCUCACAAGCAAUACAGUGGUAUAUUGGAUAGGGGUUAGUUGUUGGAAUGUACUGCAAAGUUCAGACUGGUAAUAAUUAAUUAAAUCAAUGUAAAUUAACUACUAAAUAAUUUUUAUGUUAUAGAUAUUAAGUGUCUUCAUAUGGAAUGUACCUUAAGUAUAUUAUUGAAUUGCUAAUAACCAGCUUCUACAAUUUUGCACAAAGAUAUGGGGGGUUCCCUUGUUUGAGAGGAGAAUGCUGGAAAGGUGGAACAAUAUUACAUGAAAUUGAAAAUUAAAAGAACUUGCAAAUGUUUCUGUGAGUUUUUCAUCAGGAUUUAUUAAAUUGCUGUUUUGUACAUUGUGUUUUUCUGUACCCUUUGCAAUAAAACAUUACCAGUAAAUAGGUUAUUUUGGUAAUUUUCAAUUUAUAAUGUGCUAAAACUUUUUGAAUCUGUAUAACCUUUCUUUUCAAUUAUCUAAAUUAUUCUUACUUUCUUAAAUUUCUUUAGAAUUUUGUGGUAAAUCAAUUAACAUCCUCCAAUAUUAAUAUUUUCACCGUAGGUCUCAUUGAUAUGAGUAUAGACAUGGUUAGGAGAAAUGACUCAUUUGUCACCCCUAAGAGUGAGAGGGUUAACCUUUUAUACCCUAACAUCAGAAUGUAUAUUCUCCUUACUGUUCUCUAUGGAUUUCCUUUUGUGCCAAAAAGGAGAAUUUUUUGGCAAUCAAGAUAUUAUUUAGUUUAACCACGAUCCUUUCCUUUAUUCUCAUGAUCUUAAGGUUUGAUUCAGGGGGUGAUAUUUUAAGGAAAAAUUAGAUGCUAGCCAUUCUUGGAGGUGAAAGGGUGAAUUGAAACUAUUUAUUUUUCUGAAUGCUGUGUGAAAACUUAAUUCUUUGAUAUUCUAGAAAUAGUUAACAAUAGUUUAUAAAGAACUGUAGAUUAGCAUGUUUGGUGUGUUUAUUCAGCUGUUAGGUCUCUUCAGCAAGGAACUGUGGCAGAACAUUCUACACAGAAGGGAGAAUUUGAGAGAAAUAUUGUUGUUAAAGAAACUAUUUGUGUUCCUUAAAGGGCUUUAAUUUCAUUUAUUGAAGGCUUGUUCACUUGUAGUUACACGUUUCCCAUACUACUGUCAUAGUUUAGGACUAGUGUAUGAGUUACUUUUCCUAAAAAGUAGUCAUUGAGGAAUUUUCUUUAACAUUUUGUUGUGUUUUGAAAAAUCUUGGUGUAGAUGCAAUGUUGUGAAGAAGUCAAUU